AUGGUGUUCUCUACCUAUGCAUCAAUGAUGGGAAUCGUCAUGAUGCUCAAACCAAUGGUUCACACGGUAAUUCCACCUUCUGUUCAAAACUUCGUCGUCUCUUAUAUAAAGUCUUUAGUCGGCUCUCGUUCAUCGACUCUUGCGAUCAUCAUCAAUGACAAAAACGUGUAUGAGAGAGGUAUGGAGUGGCCAAAUGAGCUCUAUCACGCGGCUCUGGCUUAUGUCUCAAGCAAGAUAACCCCUGAUGAGGUUGUCUCCGAUAUCUACGAAGGCAUUAAGCUCACAUGGCGGUACGUCGCUGGCAGUUCGCAAACGGCUGGAGAUGGAGAAAACUCGAAAUUCGAAUGCCUCGAGCUGAGCUUCGACAAGAAACACAAAGACUUGGUCUUGAACUCUUAUGUACCUUAUGUGGAGAAGGAGGCAAAACUGAUCAAUAACGAUAAGAGAAUUCUCAAGAUGUACUCUGAGUGCAUGGGUAGCGGAUGGAAUCCCGUGAACUUCGAGCACCCUUCAACAUUUGACACGAUGGCUAUGAAUGAUGAGCUCAAGCGUUCUGUUAAGGAAGAUCUUGAUCGGUUCAUUAAAAGGAAAGAUUUCUACAAAAGAGUUGGAAAAGCUUGGAACAGGGGUUACUUGUUGUACGGUCCACCGGGGACCGGGAAGUCUAGUCUAGUGGCAGCUAUGGCUAACUACCUCAAAUUCGAUAUCUAUGAUCUUCAGCUCGCAAGCGUUCAGGGGGACGCUUUUCUAAGGAGGAUGCUUCUCCAAGUGAGAAACAGAUCGAUUCUUGUUGUAGAAGAUAUUGACUGCUCCAGUGAUUUGCCUACAAGGUUGCAACCUGCAAUGACAACCUUUGGUGGUCACGAGGGAUCAACAUCAUUGACAUUAUCAGGACUUUUAAAUUCCGUAGAUGGGUUAUGGUCAAGUUGUGGAGACGAACGCAUAAUAAUAUUCACGACGAACAACAAGGAUAGCCUUGAUGACGCAUUAAUCAGACCAGGUCGUAUGGAUAUGCACAUUUACAUGGGACACUGCGGUUUUGAGGGAUUCAAGAUAUUGGCGUCUAACUACUUAGGCCUGUCUCACGAUAAUGAUGACACUCACCCUCUCUACCGGAGAUAA